GUGAAUAAAAUAUUUGUGUGUAUUAUCUUUUACUUUUUAAUUCUAUUAGAUAUUUAAUUUUGUAAUUUUAUUAUUUUCAAAAUGUUUAAACCUUUUCACUCUUGCAAAUUACUUUCUGCGUAUAAUAAAUUAUUGCGUAGAAAAGAUUAGAUGCUUUGCUAUAUUCUACAAGUAUAAUACGUAUAAUCCUUAUAAAAAUAUAAUAUAUAAUAUAUAAAUAUAAAAAUAUAAUAAUAUACAAAUAUCUUUAAUAAUAAUAUAAUAUAUAAUAUAUAAAUAUAAUAAUAUAAUAUAAUAUACAAAUAUCCUUAAUAAUAAUAUAAUAUAUAAAAAAUAUGCUAUAUAGGCAGUACUGUAUUUGCUAGUAAUGAAUACUUACUUUAAGCAUUUAAAACACUGUUAGUAUUUUUAAUACUCAAAAUAAAUAAUAAUUGCUAACCAAUUUGAUACCGUCUAGUGUUAUAUUUUUUAUUUAAAAAGGGUGACAAAUAUAUAUAAUCUUUACUUUAUGCAUUCUACCUUAUAUAAUUUUUAUAUAAUUAUCUCGAUUAUGUUUAUAUAAUUUAAUUGAAAAGCUUGGUAAAACAAUAAAUCAACAAGUUUUGUAACAAGGAAAGAAGUAAGCUCUAAAACUUUAAACUUUUUAUUUAUGGUAAAAAAGAUAAGCUGUCUGUUGCGUACAUUCAUAUAAACCUUUCAAAAAAAAAUAGUUUAUAUAAUUAUGUAAAUAUACUUAUGUAAAUAUAGAAAGAUGUCUACAUUAAAUGAAAAUCGUCUCAAACGACCCAUCGUAAAACCAUCGAGAUACCAGACUACCUCAUCCGACGAAGCUCCGCGUAGAAAGAAGACGGGAAAAACUGGCGGACAAGAAAAAGAUAUUGAUGCAACUAUGGAAGAAGACAUAAGGGAGUUAGGAGGAAUUUUACAAGAAAAUUCCUCGCUUAUUAAUAAUAAUAAUAAUAAUAUACAAAAUACUUCUGAAACACAUUUUAAUUCUUAUACAUACACAGCACAAGCGCAAACAUCCACUCAGGCACAUCAAGUAGAUAAUCAGUACCCAUCUGUACAAAUAUCACCUAAUACGGAAUCAUACGCCAUAUUACCAUAUUCUGUCACUCCUUACACACAACUUAGAUCUACGGCAUUAGCUAGCUCAACAUUUAUACCGCCGAAUGAACAUAAUGUUUUAAAUCAAUACAACAAGUUUCAGGUUCCUUACUCAAACGCAGGCGAAUCAAGCCAGAUUACAGAAAGAUACAGAGCGCAACAAGAACAAAUUGAAGAUGAAACGGAGAGUCGCAAAACUCAAGAACGAUUGGAUCGCAUAGAAACGGAAUUGAGGAAAUUAAAUAAUACUGUGGAACGGAUUUUAAAAUGUGUACAAAUAAAGGAAAACCGACGACGACCAUUACAAAAACCGGCAUGUAUACCGAUUUCGACAGAGAUGGAGAUGCAAACUUUUGAAACAGUUAAUGAGGAUAUAUACGACCAAGUUGUGGAAUAUCUUGAAUAUGUGGGAGGAUUCACAAUAAAGGAAGCAAUCAAUCUAUCCUUCAAAGAAGUGAUAAAGGAUAGUCUAACGGUGGCGUAUACUUGGUUCGGAUCUAAACAAGGACCACGACCCUUGUAUAGGACUCGCAUAAUAAUGGCAGUUUAUGAAGCCGUUUGUAACAGCCGACAUUUCAAUAAACCGACUAGAGCAGAAUUCCAAGCGUAUGCGAGAGAGGCUUUGCGGUCAGCGAAACAAAGGCACAGGAUGGCUACCCAACAAGUGCGACAGAAUAGAGAACAAGGCAGAACAGCACGUGAUUACUGGAAUGACUGCAACGAAAAUGAAAAUGAAGAUCAUUCAGAUGUGGAGUCCAAUAUGGGUUCAAAUGUUGAAGAGGAGAAUUAAUUUAGAUUUCAAGAUUUCCAGGAGGAACUGCGUAGUCCUGAACCCCUAAUCUCGUAAGAGGAUGGGGGAUGUAUGGAAAUGCUAUGCAAAGAUACUGCAAGUUCGUGGGUUCCACUUGUGGGUAGCGUGCUACUCCUACGUCCCACCAAAAAAAAAAA